CCUUGCGUGCAACCCCACCCCGUGGCGCGCCGACCCCCUACCUCCAGCCCCGGCGACGGCUUGCAUCGGUGGGAGGCGCUGCCUCGAGGCGAGCAGCGUUGGUGGCAAGCGGUGGCGGCGGUGCGGCCUGCACGGGGCGGUCCCGGCCGGCGCGGUCGCGCAUAGUACACGGGGCACGCGAUCCACCCAUCCUCCUUGAAUUAGGCAAGCUGCUCAUCCCCGGAUCGAGGAGCAGUAGGGCGCGCAGAGGCCACCUGCAGGGGGCUGCCGCACGGAAGAGUGGCCGUGAGGAGCAGGGGGGCAGAGGAGGCCGCUGCGUCCUGCUGCAGCACGGGGAGGCGGCGGCCGGCCAGCAGCUGCGACGGAGGCGGUUUGCCGAUUAGCGCCUGUCCAAGAAGCAAGCACAUGACAGGAGGAGAGACCAUGGCGCUCGAGCUCCCCAUGGAUGAUAGAACAACCUUUGCAUGUCAGGUGUUCGACCAUAUGCCAUUUAGGCAGCAGCUCGUCAUACCAUGGAUUGCUUUCUUGUUGGUUUAUGUGCGGAAGAAAUAUUGUUUCCAGCUCGUGCAUCCUCCCUGUUUCCUUUCUAUAAUUUUUGUUUCAAAACACUGAUUCUUACUUCCUAUGCUUCUAUAUAUAGGAUUCUACGCUCGGUGGAGUUGCUAAUGAUAGUGAGCAGAUGGGAGGAGGUGCCGGCGGUUCACCCCGACGACCUGGCAAGGCAGAUCCGGCGGCGGCUGGGGCGCGCGGGCCCGGCAGGGCGGCAGUCGGCUUGCGUCGGCGCGCGAGGGACGCUGCGUCCCAGCGAGGCGCUCGGCCGGCGGAGGCACGGGUCCGGCAGCAGCUGGGCACGCAGGACCGGAAGGGCGAUGGCUUGCUUCGGCACGGGGGCGACGCGGCGGCCCGGCGAGGCGCUCGGCGGCGGAGGUGCGGAUCCGGCGGUGGCUGCUGUAGGAGGCGGUGGCGGCGCGGAUCCGGGGCCACCAUCGACAAGGUCACCAACGAUGACAAAACUCUUCCGCGGCAAUACAGUGCCCCUCCAGGGAUUCCCGGAUCGAUCCUGCUGCCUAAUGCCUGUUCUGACUGACGAGCUUGACUCAUUGCUAUAGACAAUAAGCAGGCCGCCAGCAGAUCCGAAGCUAAGGCAGCAGCAGGCUCACGGGCUAUCAGAUCCGAAGCUAAGGCAGCAGCAGGCUCACGGGCUCCAUGGAAAGCGACAGGCUUGCGAACAGGAUGGUGACCUUGGGCACGCAACGGGACUGCACGGGGGUCAUCCGGAUUCUAUUUUAGAGGAUAAAAAACUGAUGUUUCUAUGGCUAUGAGCGUGUGUUUCUAUGCCUGAAUGAGUUAAUGGUUACAUAUCAGAGAACCAGAAACUAAUGUUUCUAUGGCUAUGUUUGUGAGCUUUUAUGUUUACGUUUCUAUGCUUUCUAGUAUAGAUUUCUAUACAUGCUAAACUGUGUUUUCGGAUAUUUAUGCAAGGCAUUGUUUCUGUGCUUACAUGCAUAAUAUUCUAUGGAAGGCAUGUUAGUUGCAUCGAUCAUAUGUACCUGUUGUUUAAUCAUAGACGCUUUUCUAUGAUUUGUCACCA